AUGACAAGUUCAAGUGCCGGCAUGGUGCGCUCCAAGUCCAGUUCAGCUGCACAGAACCCCUUUGCCGGUGGUGGUCGGGUCAAGCCCAUAUCACCCCUGCAAGCUCAGCAAGGCUCCAAGAUGGACAUGAUGGCCAACUUCCUGAACGAGUCAGAGCAACAGCAGCCUGCAAAUAACUAUGUACUUGCACACUCAAUGGGCAACUCCAUGACGUCCCAACCGCGCAAAUCGGAACUCGCAACGGUCAUGGAAGCCGGCGGGAUGUUGGAGGACCCUGCAAGCUGGCUCUCGAGGCACCAAGGAGAUUUGGAAACAGCACCACCAUUUAUUUCGAACGACAUGCAGUUCUCAUCUUAUGGGCAGCCAGUGUCUGCCCCAGCGUAUCAGCCGUUCCAGUCGCAAGGCUUUCCUACGUCUCAGUGCGGGUCUCUGACAUCAGGCCCUACCAUCGAGUCUGCCAUGACAAGAUCCAACAGCACCGCCAACCAGUCAGUCUCGGGCCAUUUACAGAUGAUGAGGCUGAAUUCCCAAUCGUCCAUGAACGAUUUGCCAAGUCCCGAAUACGGCAGCUUCGUCCCCACUGGACAUCAGCCUACAUCAAACAAGCGCCGUGCACCGGACGAUGAGCUGCUAGUUGGCGUCGGGAACAACCUUGGCGAAGUUUCCUCUGCACUGGAAGACUACUCAGAGAAUAUGGGUCGAUCCAUCUCUGUCGACAGCAGGCGGUCAAUGGAAAUUUCAAAUCCUCCUUCCCAGAUGUUAGCCAUACCGAUGCAGAGGUCAAAGACCACAGACACAUUCCCGUCAGCUCAGUCUCAGAGUAGCCCAGCAAUUGGGCAGCAGCUCGACCAAACCGAACAAUCUGAGCCUAUGAUGCGGUCCAUCUCCGCGAGCAGCGCAAAGUCUACCUUUUCCCAGCGUCUGCGAGCCAAGGACUCAUUGCAUCGCCAGAUUGCAGCGGCUAAUGUCCUCCUGGCACCCAAACCCGCUUCCGACCCUAAUGAGCCGGAAUCGGAUUCACAGCCGGGCUCAAAAUCUGGGAAAGACGGCAAAGUGGCCGUCACCAAGGCCAAGUACGAACGGCCCAAGCACCCCAAAGUCAAGUGCCGGCAAUGCGAUGAAUACCCAGACGGAUUCCGUGGUGAGCACGAGCUUCGUCGCCACACCGAAGCCAAGCAUGGAAAUGUUGUCAAGAAGUAUGUCUGCGUUGAUCCGACUACCAGAGGUCUCAAGAGCGACUACCAGCCAGUAACGCCACUCGACAAGUGCAAGCACUGCAGAGGCGGGAAGCAGUAUGGAGCCUACUAUAAUGCUGCUGCUCACCUAAGGCGUGCCCACUUCUGCAAAAAGCCUCCCCGGGCCAAGGGAGCUGCCAAGAAUGGGAACGACGCUGAGGCUGCUGAAAGACGAGGUGGGAAAGGCGGCGGUGACUGGCCACCCAUGAAAGACCUCAAAGUAUGGAUGGAGGAGAAGAGUGUCUCGGUAGACGACCAGGACGCCCUAGACAUCAACACGAUACAAGACGAGGACGAUAUGCAGAACCCAGACAUGGAGUACAUGGACGGUUCACUCCCAACCGCCUUCGGCAAUCUGCAGCCUGGCCAGAUCGACAGCACAAGUUUCUACGGAAUGGGUGGCAAUUUGCCGAUCGAAAACAACGAGGUCUACCAGAACAUGAACGAUCUCUAUGCAGUAUCUCCGGUGCAGCAGCUCGACACGAUGAUGAUGCCGUCUGUAGGGUCUGCCAACUUCGACUUCGCGUCCAAUGUCUCGCCAGCUUUCACCCAAAUGCUGCCUAUCGAUCACAACGCCUACCACAGCCCAAACGUCUCCUCGUCGUCUGCUACCCUGACAGCGUUCAACAGCUUCAUGGAAACGCAGCAGUUCUCUCAAGCGUCGAGUCAACAAAACCAUAUACCGAUUAACCAGCCGUCACAUGACGUUGGGGACUUGGAGUUCUCCCUGGUUUUCACCGGCGGCGGGGUUGACGGCUGCUAA